AUUGGCUGUUGGUGACAUGACAUCUGUGGUAUGUCGAUGUCGACUGUUCCGUAUUUUUGUUGUUGAAGAGCCAGAGGAUUUUUUUAAAAGAAACUUCUCUGCGUUUUGUAAAAUUGCGUAUGGCGUAAAUUCUACAAGAGAAUUUAUUGUGAGUGACGUAAACUAAAGACAGUAUAGUGAAAAAUGCGAAUAGUCUCCUGUACAAUUCGUUCGAAUAUAUAGCUGAAGGCUGAUGAAUAUGUUUUCUUUAAUUUUGUCAAUCUUUAGUUGAAAAAUAUUGUUAAAACACAAUGUGCGAUAUUUACAUCGCGGUUGUAUGUUCCUCGAACAUGAACCGUAGUAUGGAAGCUCAUGCAUUUCUUGCGAAGAAAGGCUUUAAAGUUAAGUCUUAUGGCACAGGAGAAAAGGUUAAGUUACCAGGUGCAUCUGCUGAUCGACCGAAUUGUUAUGAAUUUGGAGUCCCUUAUGACGAUAUAUAUAACGAUUUAAUGGAAAAGGAUAAAGUUUACUACACACAAAAUGGUAUUCUGCACAUGUUAGAUAGGAACAGAAGAAUUAAACCCUGUCCAGAGAAGUUCCAGAUAUCAACUGAGCGGUUUGAUGUUAUAAUAACUUGUGAGGAAAGAGUAUACGAUCAAGUCAUAGAAUGGUUUGGUUCAAAAAGAUCAGUUUAUAAUCAACCAGUCCAUGUUGUGAAUAUGGAUAUUCAAGAUAACCACGAAGAAGCUACCAUUGGUGCAUUUUUAAUAAGUGACAUGGUCACAAAGAUGGCUCAAAGUGACGAUUUAGAUAAUGAUAUUGAUGAACUUUUGCAUGAGUUUGAAGGAAAAUGUCACCGGCCAAUUCUUAAUUGUAUAAUGUUUUACUAACAUACCAGCCAAAUUAAUUUUAAAAAUAUGCUUCCAAUUUAAAAAUGAUUGACAAUGCUGUGAAUAUAAUUUAUACUAUCACUGUAUUCAUAAGCAGAUUAAUAUUUUCAAAAAUGUUGAUGUAUACUCACAAUGCCUUCUCAUUUUGUAAGCAUUUUUACGAGAAGUUUAUAUUUCGAUUUAGAAAAUCCUGAUCUUUUAAUGAAUAAAAACUCAAUAUGUAAAGCAAAGGUAACAUUGUUUUUGAACAAGUUAUCUGCUAGUAUACCAAUAAAGUGACCAGUUCAUUAAUUUAAAAAACAAUUUGAUCUGUUUGAAGCAAAUCCACAUGAGUUAAUAUUUAUUGUCUUUUAUACUACAUACACAAGUUUGUUCGAGCAGCAAUUCUUGUUGUAAAUAUUUAUACACUUACCAUAGUGAACUGAAUAAAAUUUUAAGUUCCAUGUAUAAAGACUAAAAAUGUCCAUAAUAUUCAUUAAUGAAUUUAUCUGUAAAUGUGUGUUUUCAUUCUUAUAAAAGGAUAAAAAGGUUUUUUAUA